GAGUGUCUUUGCCAGAAAGAAAAAGAGAGAAAGAGGGUGGGGGAGAGGAGCUUAUUUCCCCCUCUGCUUAUUCAAAGAUGCUAUUUUUAAAAAGACAUCUUUGUGGGAUUUUAUUUUUUUAUUAUCAUGAUGAUCCAAUUAGGGAACACUGCAGAUAGUGCACCUUCCUUCUGCCCCUCUUAGCAAGAAAGAAGAAAGAGCAGCUGGCUCCUACCAGCAAACCCGGAGGCGGGGACGCUAAGCAAUGCGGCACUCCCUGGCAUCCAUCAGCCCAGGCUUCGGCGGCGGUGGCGGCAGCGGGGGCGACAGCAGCAUCAACUCCUCUCCGCGGUAUGGAACGAACAGACAAGAGGGGCGAGAGCGGGGACCCGGGCCGAAGACUCACUCGGGAGUAGCUGGGGCUGCAUCAUCUGAGGGCAACGCGCUGCCUCUCAGCAGGAGGGGUGGGGACGGCAGAGCUAGGGCCACCGCUGUCCCAGGUCCCCGCCCGGCCCUGCCAUUUUCGCCUUCGGGAGAGAAGGGAGGGAGGGGACCCGAACGCCUGGAUGGAAAAGGCCACGCAGGCGCCGCCUCUCCCUGCGCGCUGGGAGUGACCGGAGUCCGGUGCACCCCUCCGGGUGGCUGCUGCGGCUCCGGCUGCUGCUGCUAAAAGAGGACUCAGCUCAGCUCAACUCCUCUCUAAUUAUCCCAGCACAGAGCUGGGCUGCGACGUAAGCACUCAGCUCGCGCACGCACUCAGCUCUUCUCUCCCUGCCUCUUUGGGAAGGAUGGCAAUUUUUGUGGCAUUCAAAUAUCCCAAGCCCCAAGUUUAUCUUGCUCCAGGUCCCCACUCCCCAGCAGACUGCUGGGGCGGGUUUUGCCUGGCGAGGCGAGGUAAGGACGCCUUCCAGUCUCCCCACGCCCCUCUUUCAUCCUUUGUGUGCAAGACCCCAGAGUGUCAGGGCGAGUAGCUCCUGUAGAUGGUAAUCCACAUUGACACACAUUUUCUAGUUCCUCUAGGAGGUAAUUUUGAUGAGGAAGGAGUACAGAAACAUUUUGUACUUUCUGCAUUCGUUGUAAACAGAGACGUUUGAUUUAGUAAAGAAGAUCAGAGAGGUUUCAACUCAUUGUGUUGAUGAUUAAGUCUCUGGAGAACUUACAUAAAGUUUUUCAACCAUAAACUCUUCUCUGCUAAAUUCCUAUUGAAGAAGAUAAAAAUGAGAACCGAGACCAGAAAAAAAAAUAAUAACACAAUUGUCAACGAAGGAAAACACAGGCAUUUAACUCAUUUCUGAUCUCAUAAAGGCGAAUAUUUCUAGAGCCAUAAUCUUUCCCUCAGUUUUAUGCAUCUGUAUAUCAGAAUCACCCUAAAUGAAGAGUCUUUGUGUGUAAGGUGGCUGUAAAUGAGUUUGAGAAAAAGAAUUUUUUUUUUAUUUUCAAAGUACAGUAUAUAUACUGCCACUAAGCCUAACUCUGGCUUUGCAAAUAGUAGGAUGGGAUCAUGAGUUUAAGUUAGCUCCAUGCAAAAAUAUUUAAUUAGCACCUCUACAUGUGGGUUAUUUGUCAACUAUUAGAACCUUCAACUUACAGACAUACUUGUUUUCUUGCUAUUUUCCUGAAGAUGCUAUAGAGAAAAAAAAACUUGUAUGGCAGACAUACAAUUUCAUUAAUUAAACUCAUGCAAAGUGAUGUAGGGAUCAGAAUAAGGGAAUAAAUUACACACAUAUACUAACAUGCUCAUUACUCAUAAGGAAUUUGCAAUUGGUUGAGUUUUGUUUUGUUUUUGAACCAGGGACUGAAUCCAGGGACAUUUUACUACUGAAUCACAUCCCCAGUCCUUUUUAUUUUAUUUAUUUAUUUAUUUUAAUUUUAGA